UCCGCGCCGGCAGCGGGCAGGAGGAGCUGGGACAAGGGGAACCCCCUCACUGUGCCCCCCCAAACCCCGAUCCCUUCGGGCUGCAACCCCCCCCCCCCCCCCCCCAUCCCAAACCCGACGGGGCCCGGCCGGGCCGAGGCCGGAGGAAGGGGAAGUGCUGGGGCAGGAGGCGGGAAGAAGCCGGGGGGGGGAGGAAUGCGGGGGGUGAGCCCGGACACCUCGGUGGGGAACAACGGCCAGCUCGGGCACGGCGAGCUGCCCCAUGCAAGGUGAAGAAGCCGUCGCUUGUCUCAUGGAGACCCCCCCGAACAACGGGGAUGCCCAGGAGCUCCAGAGAGAGGGUAAAAAUGGAACGGGGAGAGCAGCAGAGGAGCUGGCAGGGACCGGGGGCUGGGGGGACAGCGGUGCUCCCCUGGGGUGCCUGCAGCCGGACCAGGACACGCCACGCUUGGACCACGGGGCUGGUGGAGCAGACACUCUCCCGAAACCCUCGGCUGCCUCGAUGGACAGGCAGAGGAGCACCGAGCUCUUGACCCUCGACUGUUUCCCCCUGAAGCACUCAAACACGCUGACGAACCGGCAGCGAGGCAAUGAGGUCUCGGCCCUCCCAGCCACACUGGACACAUUGUCCAUCCACCAGCUUGCUGCCCAAGGUGAGCUCAGCCAGCUGAAAGAGCACCUUCGGAAAGGUGAGAACCUGGUAAAUAAGCCUGAUGAGAGAGGUUUCACACCACUGAUCUGGGCUGCAGCCUUUGGAGAGAUCGAAACGGUCCGUCACCUGCUGGAAUGGGGCGCUGACCCCCACGCGCUGGCGAAGGAGCGGGAGAGCGCCCUGUCCCUGGCCAGCAUGGGCGGCUACACCGACAUCGUCACCAUGCUGCUGGAGCGGAACGUGGACAUCAACAUCUACGACUGGAACGGCGGCACUCCUCUGCUCUACGCCGUGCGUGGCAAUCACGUCAAGUGUGUCAAGGCCCUACUAGGUAACGGGGAAGAUCUGCCCUUAGUCCUUGGCCUCGAAUCGCUGCUUGUUGCUCGCGGCGCCGAUCUGACGACAGAGGCGGAUUCUGGCUACACCCCGAUGGAUCUGGCCGUGGCCUUGGGACACAAGAAAGUCCAACAGGUUAUUGAAAAUCACAUCCUCAAGCUAUUUCAGAACAAGGAGCUGGAGUGACGUAGCGGCUCGCGCUGCACUGCCGCAGCGCCAGCGCUUCUCCCGACAAACGCAGGGCUUUCCUCUGGGACCACCGCAGCCUCAGCCUGCCGUCCCGAAACGGGCAGCGGCUGGGUGCUUCGAGCAAGGAGCACGUGGAGGAGGCCGGGAACCGCCUGCCCUCGGUGGACCUGUGCCUCUCCCGGAGCGUGGCACGGCCACGGUCCCUCGCACCGGGGGACUCAUUCCUCAGGGCAGCUGCAUUUCUGCCCUGUCCAGGCUCGGCUGCUUCGUGCGUGUGUGCAUUCAGGUAUUGCAUUAUUGAAAGUAAACUCUAAAGCAGC